AUGGCCGAGGCGCUGCGCGCCGCCGGCUUCCCGCUCCUCGCAUCAAAGUUGUCCGGCGAAUCCAUCGAGGAGGACCGCAGCGAGGCCAAUCCAACAAAUUGGGGCCCCGACGACGCGCGCAUCAUCUUCACGGCCUACUUCGAAGGCACGGCGAACGUCGUGGAGCGAAGGACGACGCAGAUUGGGUUGUUUCACGAAUUGGAUCGAGGCAUCGAUGUUGGUAGCGAUGCGACGUCGGCGGCGCAGGCGGCGCGGACCGCGCGCGAGAACGGGCGGCGCUCGAAGCCGCUGCGGUUCAAGAUGGGUGUUGAUGGCUGCGGCCACGAGCACGGGUUGGCCGGUGUUGUGUUCGCGUUCGGGCUGCGAGGCCAGUGCGAACGUCUAGCGGCGUGCGUGCGAGCGGUACGAGGCGUGCUGGGCGAGCCGAAGACGCAGCUCAACAUUGUUGGUUUGAGUCGGGGCGCCGUCGCGGCUUUGGCCGUCGCGGAGAUGCUCGGCGCGACGCCACAGCUGUUCGUGGGCGAGAGCGCCGAGCUGCCUUCACUCAAUUCGCAGAAUUCGAGUGACGACGGCGCCUCGACGCCGCCCUCGUCGUCCGGAAGCCUGAACAUCCUCGCGGACUCGCCACGGAUACCCGACUCGGACCCCCGACCUAGGGCCGAGUCCAUUACUGAUGCCGUGCAUUACCCAUCUCCAUCGAUAAAUGAGGAGGAGGUAAAGGCCGACCCGCGAUCAUUAUCAAGGCGCACUUUGAGGUUACAUUUGUUACUUUUUGAUCCGGUACCCGGGAAUCAAGUAUAUACGACGCGGUACCUGGACCCCUUGAAUUGGUCUACUGGUAACCAGGCCAUGGACGUGUCCUCGUGUUCUGAACUCAGAAGGGUGCUCGCCAUCUACCCCUAUGAACCUUUACCGGCGAUUACUUUCCAUGCGCCUCUCAUUCCCACUUAUCCUUCUUCAGCUUCUGUUGAUGAGAUCGCAUCUUUAGGAUGCCACCAGGGCGCCUUGCUCUGCGCCCCGAAUCGGAUUUCUUGUAGACUGUCCUACGCCAUGCUGCGGUCCUUCCUGGCGAACGAGUGCGGUGUGAAGUUGCGGGGCUGCCGGCCCUUCGACGAGUCGUUAGCGACGCGGCAGGCGACGCUCCGAGUCCUGGAGAUGUUACGGGCGGCGGCGGUCGACGAUGCGGCAAAAGCGGGCACCUUCGACGGCACCUACGUGUCGCGCGCCGCGCAUUCGCCAACGCCCGGCGCCGCCGUCGUGCGUCGUGCGACAGGACGCUACCUGAACGCCUUCCAUCGGCGCCUGGCGACGCGCGAAGGGGCCUCAACAGACGUCGACGACGGCCGGCCGCUCUACGUCCUCGACGUCGUGCGCGGAGACGAAUGAGGAUGAAUGAGGCCGCCCUCGCGAAACUUCCCUCGCGAGGCGCGUGGACUCUCCGACGGCCACGUCGACGCCAUCGCAGCGACCAGGUCAAGUUCAAGUAACAGUU